AUGUCAUCGACAUCGAAUGAAAGUCUAAUUGCCUUGUUGAACAAUAUUUCAACUCAACUAACCCGAUACUUCGGAAUUUUCAUUAUUAUUUUUGGUAUUGCGGGCAAUACUAUCAAUAUAUGUGUUUUAUCACAACGACCUCUUCGUUUAAAUCCUUGUGCAUGGCUCUUUCUUACUUCAUCAAUUGCAAAUGGUAUUGGUAUUCUUGCUGGUCUCAUUUAUCGAAUAUUAUCAACUUGGUCUGCUGAUCUAACAAAUACAAAUUCAUAUCUUUGCAAACUUCGUGCCUUUGUCCUAUUUGAUGCAAUCACUAUUGGUUCUUGGCUUAUCAUGUUGGCAACGGUUGAUCGAUGGCUUUCGUCAAAUACCAAUGCUGGUCAACGACAAAGAAGCACAUUAAAGAAUGCUCAAUUUGGUACGAUUCUGAUUGUCAUUGUUUCAACUCUUAUUGAAGCACAACAUCUCUAUUGCUAUGAAGCCAAUCUUACUAACACUCCACUCAAAUGUUAUACGAGAUCAGUGCCGUGUAGCAUUGUAUCAGACCUAUUGUUUGCCCUGGUUACAAUCCUGUUACCGUUACUGUUGAUGGUUACCUUUGGUUUGAUGACCAUCUCAAAUAUAGGUAAAUCACGUUCUCGUUUGCAACCGGCAACUAAACCAAUGGAUGGUCAUACUGAUCACAAUACAGUGACGAGCAAUCAUAGAGAUGCAAUGAAUAAACAGAAAAAAACAGAUCGUCAUCUUUUAAUCAUGUUGUUGGUUCAAGUUUUUCUUAUCUUUCUACUUAGUUUUCCACUUUCGAUGCAUAAACUCUAUUCAACCAUAACUCAAUCCGUAGCCAAGUCACCAUUGAGAAAAGCUAUUGAAAAUUUCAUCUUUAACAUACUUAUUCUUGCUUAUAAUAUAUCUUCCGGAAUGCCCUUCUACAUAUAUACAUUAAGUGGAGGAAGUGUAUUCCGUAAAGCUGUUCUCAGUUUUCUGAAUACAUUUGGCCGAAAGAUGAUAUGUCGACGUGGCUAAUUUUCUUUUUUUUUGAAUCAAAUAAAAAUAACUUUAAUUCAGAGCAGAAUUGUAAUUCUUUAUCAUAAAAUAAUUGAUGUAGAAUAAAAAUUUCUGUAGAAUGCAUAGUUAUUUUCAGCCAAAAAACCAUGGUCGAUCUUAGGAGGACAUUGGAACUUUCAAAUUUAUUGCUAAAGAAUAGCAAGAACAAAUGAAACGAAACAGAACACAAAACAUGAGACAUCAAUAUUCUUAUUAAUUGAUAGGAUUUUAAGAGAUUACAGACAAUAGCUUGAUGAUUACACGAGGCAACAGAAACAGAAUGUUUGAUCAAAUAAGCUGGGUCCUCAUCCAGAAUAUUGCAAUUGAUGAUUCGAGGGUUUCCACAUGGGAUAAAGGUGUUGGUGCUGAAAGAACGUCACUGUAACUGACUUGGAUGAAAAGAAUACCGUCACCAUCAUUCUCACAAAUACUUAGCGCUCAUUGUCACUACACCUCCACCCCAUCUCUAAACUCACGCUGAACCGAAGGUCUAAUUUCAGCUGUAGAUAUUCUUCUUCAGUUAGUUUUGCUUGUUUUUAAUUUAGUACAACGAGAAUAAGAAAUCUUCAUUCAACUAUCGAAUAAGAUUCUGAGCUACAAUUUUGUUUUGAUUUUUGAAGGUGACUGAUCUGUGGAUGUGAGUAAGAAUUGCAGUGUUCUUUUGAUGCAGAGAUCCCUGUCCCUCGAACUUAUCAUAGAUCCGCACUAAUAUGCCUGCUCUGAGAUUCAACACGACCUGCUUAAUCUUUUUUUUUUUGUAGUUAAUCGACAGCCGAUAUCGAAAUGAUGCAACUAUUCGCUCUAUCUGUUGAUACAUAGGAAUGUCUUUGAAACAGUUCUCAUUCAAAUAUUCAAAUAAUUCAAUUGUGGUAAAUUUUGUUUGUAUGGCUUGCCUCGAUAGCAGUCAGCAUUUUGUUCUGUCAUUAUAUUUAAUUUUUUUUUGUUGUUCUUAUCUUCAUCAUAAACAUUCUUGAUCCGCAAUAGAAUGACAGAACAUCGCUACUUGUUUUUUUUUCUAUAUGCGAGAGCAUCCCUCAUAUGAUGACUUGAGAAGCCACGACUAGAGUGUGGAUUAACAGAAGAACUGGAUCCACACCCAUCUGUUGGAAUUUCAAUCAACAACAACUUUGAUAUCAGUUUUCUCAAGUAUCUAGUCUGAUUUUCUUUCAAAGAAUCAAGUAGAGAAAAAUAUUUUUCAGUGCUAAAUGGCUUUAUUUCUUCUUAGACUGUCUUUUUUAUUUUAUUUUUUUGUAAUCAGUUUUCCCAUUUUUAAUUUACCUCUUUAGUUGCUGUUGCGCCUGAAAACAAUAAUGUGUUCGAUAGGCAUCCUACUUAUACAGGAUUAAAAUCUAGCAAGAAAACCGAAAAAAAAUCACUUCUCAACUGGCUUCCAUUCAUGGAAAGAAAAAUUAGAAUUGAAAACAAACUGAUUAAAAUCGUAUGAUUAUAGUUGAUACUCAAAGUGUUUUUAGUCAGUUCCAGUUUAUUGUCAACCCUAUUCUUUUCCAAUAGGAAGGUUUGAUUCGCAUGAAAAAUUGACUCUACUUUAGAUUGAAAUCGUUCCGCCGUCUAUACGGCCGCAUGAUAUAAUAUUGAAGAAUUACCUGUUUUCUUUUUUUCGAGCUCUGCUAGUUUUAUGCCGAAGUGUUGCUUUUGUUUUGGUUCGUACAAACGAGAUUAGACUGCCCACGUCAUUCUAUUCCUUCUAUCUAUGUUGAAAAUUUCCAAGGAAAUUGGAGAAAAUAUUUGCUCUCUCCUACAGAUGCGAAGAAGAAAAAACGAAUUACUAAUGAUUAAACAACUUAUAAUAUGCAAAAAUAUGGUGAAAGAAGAACAAAGCAACAACGUUAUUGAGAUAUUUUUUGAGCUAUUACUCAUGAAUGCAUAAAAACAAACUCAAAAGAAAAAUAUCUUCCGAACGAUAAAAUAUCUUCAGUGAAUUCGAAUUAUUUUCAAUUGAGGGCGAGUGUGUAAGUCUGGAUAUGAGUAUAGAUUAAGAAUUCAGACGUACACCCAAACUUACACCCUAUUUUUUUCUCCAUAUAGGGUUUCAGUAGCAAGCAAAAAAUUCAUAUAUGUUAAUUUCAGCGACAGUACCAAAGGAGGCAUAUAUGAAAAAGAAAUGACGCUGAAAAUAAACUGCUGUGGGUUUUGAGAGUUCGGAAUUAUGACUUACAGGCAGAGAGAAGAAGAUCAUGAACAACGAAUGAGUCCAGGAUAUAAGCAGAUAAAUUGAUACAUAGAUGGAUACGAAAGAUCGGCAGCCAAAUCUUGUUGAUUGGUGUUGUUGAGUACUAACACCGAUGAAUGGAAAUAAGAGAACGGCGAGAGACAGAAAUUGACAACUGUUUGAUAAAGGGAAAGAAGAAUAGAAAUUGAAGAACUAGACCAAGUCUAUAGGUAAGAUGAGAGGGACAAGGAUCGAGAGAAUGCGAGAAGAUAAAUGCAGAAAAAGAGAAUCGGCAUGGUGAAAAUCAUUAGAUUGGAUUAGAGAUAGAUUAGGUAUGAGAGGAAAACUUGAAAGAGACGUCAGUCAGAGAUAUUCAGGAGGAAGAGAUGAUGGUGUGGGUGUGGGGUGUAGAGAUCGAAACGAACCAGUUUGUACUGGUUCGAGUUCGAUUCGGUU